AUGAAGCCAAGUGGUGGAGGCGACGAAUAUGAUGAACCAGAACAUACAAGAAAACUUUUUAUAGGUGGUUUGGAUUAUCGAACAACAGAUACAUCUUUAAAAGAGUUUUAUGAACAAUGGGGUGAGAUUGUUGAUGUAGUUGUUAUGAAAGAUCCUCAAACUAAAAGGUCCCGAGGAUUUGGAUUCAUCACCUAUUCUAGAUCACAUAUGGUUGAUGAUGCUCAAAGUAAUAGGCCUCACAAAAUUGAUGGAAGAAUUGUUGAACCAAAAAGAGCUGUACCCAGAGACGAGAUACAAAGACCUGAUGCAAGUGCAACUGUUAAGAAAUUAUUUGUUGCUGGUUUAAAACAAGAUAUUGAAGAAGAGGACCUACGAGAGUAUUUUAGCACAUAUGGAGAAAUUGUUUCAGUUAGCCUAGUUACAGAAAAGGAAACUGGCAAGAAAAGGGGCUUUGGCUUUGUAGAGUUUGAUGAUUAUGAUCCAGUUGAUAGAAUAUGUUUACAACAAAACCACAAGAUUAAAGGACGCAGAUUGGAUGUGAAGAAAGCAUUAUCCAAAUCAGCAACAGGUGGCAAUAACAGCAGUAGACGAGGGCGCGGUUGGGGCAACCGGCAAGGGGGAGAUUGGGGAGAUUCAGGAUACGGUCAAGGAGGAGGUUGGGGUAAUCAAAACCCAUGGGACAAUUCAGAGGGUAACUGGAGCGGUAACCAGGGAUAUGGAGAUCAAAAUUGGGGCCAGGAUUUUGGUUCUGGAUACCAACAGAAC